AUGAAAAGACAAUCAUCUGGAGGGUCAACUCCAGUGAAACGAAGGAGGGGCGAGGCCACACCUUUUGAUACACAGUUCAGCAAUACUAGUAACCUACUCUUUGAAACUUGGAUGAAAUGCGGCCAACUGUCGAUACAAUUCAACUGCUUAAGUUUUGAUUUCCGCAUUCGUUGCUUUGAAUCAGCACUAAAAUACUCACCAACUAACGUCAAGGCCCUCAAUCUACUUGUAGAUGCUCUAGUCGAGAGAGACGUUUCACUGCAUAACAUGAAUGGCUUGAAGAUGACAAUAGACCUUAUCAACUCGGCCUUCAGUUUUUAUCCUCAACUCAAAACAGAUUUGGACUUGAACAUGAAGUUGGCCAAAUGCUACUUAUAUCUAGAUGACCCUCAAGCUGCUCAUUUGAUUGUUGACCCACUGUUAGACUCACAUAAAGAAAGGCCUGUUUUAUAUCUGAUGUUAGGGAAGGUGUUGAGUCAUUCACAAACAAGUAGAUCAGCAGUGGAGGCUUUCACUAGAUGUCUCUACUUAUUACCUCAAGAUUUAAAGGAGUACAAUGAUGAUGAUUUAAAUAUAGCAAGAGAAACACAUCUACAGUUGAUCCAAAUAUCAAUUGAGGAAGGUAAUUUGGAACCUGCGAAACAUGAAUUGGAGCGCUUCUUGUCUUUACCAUUGACUGAUAACAAGAAACUGAAUGAGAGGGCUGUGUCCAUUAUGAACCAACUAUUUACCCAGUUCCAUAACUUGAAUGAUUUAACGACUUGUAUGUGGAUUUCCCAGACUGCAGCUAAAGUAUACCCGGACGAUUAUUCUAUUCUGAUUCUAUAUGCAUACAUGUUAUUGUCUCGUAAUGGUCCUUACUUUGAUCCUCUGAAGGCAUUCUCGAUAGUAUCGAAAAUAUCGAGGCUUGAUAAGGAGUACAUCAAAGCAUCGAAUAUACUCGAUUAUAUCCAAUCUGAAAAGGGCGAUUUUCUACCUUGGUUUAUGUUGGCAGAAACAUACUUUUAUCUGGGGGAAUAUAAUAUUUCCUUUGAUUUACUGGAGGUUUCAAUGAGGAAAGUUAGAAGUCCUUUCAAAUGCAACGAAUUCAGCGAUUUGGCGGUGCAGCUACUGAGGAGUUCAAAUGAUAAAGCGUUAAUUAAAAACAUCGAACUGCUAUUAUCAAAGUUCAACGAUCAAUCCCCGCAAUAUUCAAGUUUAUCAAGAUUUGAAAUAGUAACCUUACCUUACGAUAAGAGAGUCUCAAUGUUCAACCUAUUAGAGUCUCCGGAAAAAUCGUCACCUCAAAUUCAAAAAGAAAAACACCAAUCCUUGCAGCAACACAAGCAAUUGAAACUUUCACUACCACUUCCUCCUCAACAACAACAACAACAACAACAACAACAAUAUACCCCAGUACGUAUGCCGUCGAAUGAACCCACACCAGCAACACGCCAUUCACUUUUAAACACAGGCUCCCACUCCCAACGACAAUCACCGAUCCAGGUAUUUGCAUCUCCACACCCGCAGCAUCAACAUCCUUCACAAAUGAUGGUCCCUAUGCAAUUCAUACAGGUUCCCCAAAACUUGCCGUAUAGCAUGCCUUUAAUCCAGCAGCAGAAUGUCCAGACACAAGUUUCCUCACCACAUCAACCACAGCUUCACCCACAGCUACAACCACAGUUUCCUCCGUCAGUACAACAGCAAUUACAUCCACCUCAGCUACAACCAUCGCAAGUACAACAACAACAACAACAACAACAACAGCAACAACAGCAGCAGCAGCAGCAACAACAACAGUCGCAGUCACAUCCUCAUUUAAUGAUGGUACCAGGUUCGAAUGAACCACUUGCGAUGCCUGCACCGCCAAAUGUGCCCAUUCAUAUGGUAUUUCCACCAAAUCAACCAUUUGUUGGUCCCCCUGGACCGUCUAUUCCAGACCAGAAUGGCCCAUAUAUGGUUGUGCCGAAUGGGUCACCGCAACAGCAGCAACCACAUUAUCAUCGUGUACAACAACCUUUGCAACAACUACAACCACUACAGCCAUUGCAGCAACUACAACCAUUGCAGCCCUUACAGCAGCUACAGCCAAUGCAGACCUUGCAACCACCGCCACCUGGAUAUUAUAUAUCCAAUUGA